AUGAUCUCCGACGAAGAAACGAGUCAGUCUUCGACUUCCAGCAAUACUUUUUCGGAUGCUUCUUUGGAAGAGGGACCGUUCAACCCUGACGAGCUCAUCUGGUUCUGCCCUGUGGGAAUCCGGGCCCUCAAUGAAGACGGCACGUUCGGGGUGCGGGGGAACUUGAUUGCAGAAGUCUACUACCAUCCCCCCGAUGGCGUCCCAGAGAUCAUGGUCAAAUUUGCCGAGGAUUACUGUGUUCCUCUGACGAUCAGAGAAGGGGCCAGCAUCUACGAGCACUGGGACCUGCUUACCCAGAUCGACGUCGGCGGCGUAUACAAAUUCAAGGCGGUGCUUUUCGACCGGGUAUGGGCAAAUACUGUCAGAGGAGACCUGGUCUUUGACCAAUGGUCGAGCUUCGAACGCAUGGACAUGGACUUUUGGGAUGUGAAUGAUUUCAACGCAAACUUGGACACUGAUGUGCCAGGCUUCAGCCCUUUGGGAAGCGUGGUCGACGUCAAUUGUUACUAG